GAGCCCGACCGGAUUCCGCGCCCUUCUGCCCGCGCCCUGCGCCCCGCGCCGCCGCCGACAUGGGGGCCUGUCUGGGCGCCUGCUCCCUGCUCAGCUGCGCGUCCUGCCUCUGCGGCUCUGCCCCCUGCAUCCUGUGCAGCUGCUGCCCCUGCAGCCACAGCUCCACACUGAGCCGCCUCAUCUUCACGGCCUUCCUCUUCCUGGGGGUGCUGGUGUCCGUCAUCAUGCUGAGUCCCAGUGUGGAGAGCCAGCUCUACAAGCUGCCCUGGGUGUGUGAGGAGGUGGCCGGGUCCCCCGUCGCCCUGCAGGGCCACAUCGACUGUGGCUCCCUGCUCGGCCACCGUGCCGUCUACCGUAUGUGCUUCGCUAUGGCGGCCUUCUUCUUCCUCUUCUCCCUGCUCAUGAUCUGCGUGCGCAGCAGCCGGGACCCCAGGGCUGCCAUCCAGAAUGGGUUUUGGUUCUUUAAAUUCCUGGUUUUCGUGGGCAUCACCGUGGGCGCCUUCUACAUCCCUGACGGCUCCUUCUCCAACAUCUGGUUCUACUUUGGUGUCGUGGGCUCCUUCGUCUUCCUCCUCAUCCAGCUGUUGCUGUUCAUCGACUUUGCGCACUCCUGGAACCAGCGGUGGGUGAACAAGGCUGAAAAGAGCGACUCCCGCGCCUGGUAUGCAGGCCUCUUCUUCUUCACCCUCCUCUUCUACGCGCUGUCAGUCGUGGCCGUGGCACUACUGUUCAUCUACUACACCCAGCCUGGCGCCUGCUACGAGGGCAAGAUCUUCAUCAGCCUCAACCUCAUUUUCUGUUUCUGCGUAUCCAUAGUCGCUGUCCUGCCCAAGGUCCAGGACGCCCAGCCCAACUCGGGUCUGCUGCAGGCCUCGGUCAUCACGCUCUACACCAUGUUUGUCACCUGGUUGGCCUUAUCCAACGUCCCCGACCGGAAAUGCAACCCCACCCUGCUGACCCACUUGGACAAUGGGACGGUCCUGGCAGGCCCUGAGGGCUACGAGACCCAGUGGUGGGACGCACCGAGCAUCGUGGGUCUCAUCGUCUUCAUCCUGUGCACCCUCUUCAUCAGUCUGCGCUCCUCGGACCACCGGCAGGUAAACAGCCUGAUGCAGACGGAGGAGUGCCCGCCUGUGCUGGAGGCCACGCAGCAGCAGCAGGUGGCGGACUGUGAGGGCCGGGCCUUCGACAACGAGCAGGACAGCGUCACCUACAGCUACUCCUUCUUCCACUUCUGCCUGGUGCUCGCCUCUCUGCAUGUCAUGAUGACGCUCACCAACUGGUACAGACCCGGUGAGACCCGGAAGAUGAUCAGCACGUGGACCGCCGUGUGGGUGAAGAUCUGUGCCAGCUGGGCAGGGCUGCUUCUCUACCUGUGGACCCUGGUAGCCCCCCUCCUCCUGCCCAACCGUGAUUUCAGCUGAGGCGGCUCCCUGCGGCCAGCCCACCUGGUGCUUCGGGGCUCAGUGACAGCAGGCUGAGCGCCCGCCGCGCCUCCGGGACGUGCCUCUGAGCUGGGCCCCUCUGUUCUUAGUGCCUUCAGGGAGGAGGAGCAUCAGGCCCCUCCCUCCCGCUGCCCCCCCACGCCCACCAUGGAGCUGCCUCCUCCUUCCCCUCACCCCCAUUCGCCCACUCUUGCCCUCUUGGGAAAAAAGGGCCCCUUGUUCUAAGGCUCCCCAGGAGAGGGUCCUGAAGGAGGGAAACACUGAGAGCUGCUCAGAAAGCAGGAGUGCUCACCGCGAUGGGGUGCCCAGCACUGGGGCCCGGGUAUUCCUGACCAUGUACUCCAGGACACCCUGUCCCCUUCCUGGGCUCCGUGCCUUACUGAGUCUCUAAGACUCUGCCAAUAAAGAAGCCGGUGUGUGUGCCUCCCAUGUCUGUGCCCUUCCCCCUUGGCACGGGCCCCAUCCCAUCUGGGCCCAGUGCAGGGGCUGGGAACAGAAUGUCAGGGCAGAGGGGCUGAAGGGCCAGACCAUGAGGGGCCUUGAAGGUCAGACAGAGGGGCCCUGGCUCUGUCCUCUGGGCCAUGGAGAGCCUGUGGGCUGGGGCUAUAGAGGAAGGAGGGGCUUUGGCAAAAGGGAGCCUGGGGGUCAGAAAAGGGGGCCCUGGAGCAGUGUCCAUAUGCGGGGUGAUGAGGCCAGAGUCGGGGUGGAGAGGGGGCUCACGUGGGGAGGCUGAGAGGCUGGUCUUCGGGCCAUCUUACCAGCGCCCAUCCUGAGGUCCUGCCCACCUCUGACUUGCCUCUAGGGUCCUCCUGAAGAACUUGUCACCACCCUCCACUUCUCCCUGCUGUAGACGUUGGCCCCUGCUCUGGCCCCAGGGUGUGGUGGGGAAGAGUGUGUGCUCUAAAGUCAGCCAAGCUGCCUGGAUCCGCUGAACUGCAAGAGCCAUGGGGCUCCUGUGGGGCUCCGGGCAAGUCUUCCCCUCUGGGCCCUGGCUCCUCAUUCAGCAGAUGGAAAAACGCCACCUGUACCCAGGCUGCUGUGAGGCUCAGGUGAAACAGGUUACCCAUUUCUGAAGGCGCACAGCGAUGUGCGGGGGACGGACAGGCUCCUGGCUGGGGCCUCCUGAGCCUGGUCUUGACGUUGUGAUGUCCAUCCUCAGGUCAUAACAGAAAUCGAGGUGACUGGGGUUUGUUGGGGGCUGGGAUGCAGUGGCCAGGGACGCAGCCCACUUCUGAGGAGCUUUAGGGUCAUGGGGGCAGCACAGGUGCACGGGUGCACCAAGGAGGUGCCUGCCACAGCCCCUGUCAGGACAGUGGGAGUCGGCCAGAUCGGGGGAGCGAAAACGCCCAAGGGACAGGACGCGGCAUGUGAGCAAGAGAGCAGGGUGUUGGAGGACCAAUGAGAAACGUAGGGUGGUUGCAGUGCAGAGGGCAUGUGGGGGUCAGGAGGUGGUGAGCUUCGGAAAGUUGGGCUGGGCCUGAGUCACACAGGCCCUUGAGGGCCGUGGUGAGGAGACCAGAUACUGUCCUGAGGGUAGAGGGGAGCCAUGAGGGUUUCUGAGCAGGGGAGAGGCCGUGAAGUUGUGAGCUGACCAGGGGGUGGUCCUGGAGGGUUUAGAGCAGAGUAGUGAUGUGGUCAGAUGGGUAUUUUAGAAAAAUUUUCCUGGAUGAAGUGGAGGGUGUAGCAGCUAGAGGCAGGUA